GUCAGAAAAGAUAAGGACAGCUCUAGUAGGUUGAUGAGCUAAAGCAAGCAGAGACUAAGCGAGGUCCUCCUUUUAGGUUCAUUUCAUCUGAGAGUGUGACCAAGGAUAGAGUGCUUUUCCUUUCACCCGGCCUAUCCCUUUUCUUCGAGACCCACCGAUUCUACUUACAGCUGCACGAUGGCGCAAAGUCGCCUCGUCCUCGCCAUUUCCGUUGUCCUCUUAAUUGGGUGUCAAUAUGCCACAGCGCAGAGCCGGGCCAGCCGACUUCCCCAGGUCGAGUGCUAUGAAAAUAGAACCCUUUACGAAAGAUCUCUACGCAUCCCGGCUACGAUGAGCUCAUUCAUCGCGCUCAUUGAUAAAAUCGAGAGGCUACCCGGAAUAAAUAUGGAUUUGAGGGUCUUAACAUCGACGCUCUUCCACAGAUUUCGAACUGACGGUAUAGAAAGAGAUCCACUGAUUCCUCAGCCCGUUGAUGGGGUGGUUCCGUUUAUGCCAUCCGGCUUCCAAAACGCCAAGCACCGGUUACUUAUUGAAAAGCUGAUUCCAGGGAGCGCCCUCAAUUUUCCCAACUCUAGUUUGACCAACGAAGAGAGGUGUGGUCUUCACUUCAUGAUGUCGCACACGGUGGACCGGUGGGAGCGAAAUGACGAGAUGCAGACGUGCAGCCGCCUGCAGAACUUCCGUGCCCCCUCCAGGACGCCUAGAGACGCGGAAAGCCUCGAGCUCCAUAGCGAGCAUGAAGACGAUUUACGCUCGUCCGAGGACACAAACGCGAACUUGGAUGGGCGUGCUGCGCAGCAGAGGCAGACACCCGAGAGCACGUGUCCGAUUGAAGAGGGCGUCGUUUGGACCAAGUGGGGUGCUGUCAGUGCAGGAGCACUCAUAGCCGGCAUUGCUGCUGGGUUCGAGCUCCAGGAUGUACCACUGAACCAAAUGCAACUGUCCAUGCCCCAAGACGUGCCUGUGGUCUUCGCCAAUGCUGGUCCUGUAAACAAUCUUUUCGCCGCCACGUUGUCUGGAGAUUUGGCAGAAGUUGUUCUCCUCCAAGGUCCUCGCUCCUCAUACGACCCCAUGAAGGUUGGCGCUGCGGGAGGCUGGAAUGACACAUCAGUACCAAGAUAUUAUUUCCUAAAUCUCAACGAAGAUUAUGAAAUGACUGAUGCUGAAAUUCGCGGAGCCAUCGAUGGACUUAUUCUGGGAAUCAAUCUUCCGAAAUUGCAAUCUGCAUUUGGCAGUCAGCUAAAGCUGGCCCAGGCUCUGGACAUGUAUUAUUCCGAGAGAGGGAUGCCUACGCAAAGAUCGUACAGGGCUUGCCAACGAAAGGAGCAAUUCUCCACCGUUGCUCCUCAAGAAGACUUAAAAAACCAAGUUCGAAAUAUGAUUCAACCUCUGCAGAAUUAUCUUUCGGCGUCCCUCGUGAAAGAAGAAACGAUGGAAAGUUACAUCAGUCUCGCAGUCUCGCGGAUCAACAGCUAUAUUCCCGCGAUGAACGACAGACAAUGCGAAAUAAGGGACAAUCAACAGCCAACCAUCACGGCUGAGAGGACUGCCACUCCCUUGGUUGACCUUUUCCUGGUCAUCGACCCCACUUGGAUGUACGAAGACGCUUUGCCAACCCUUGCCGCCUUGCUGAAUGAUGUGACCCCUCACUCUCAAGGCACCACCUUAACAGUUACAAUUGGAUCAAAUGAACAGCCCCCGAUGAUCAAUUACACGAGAACAAUCAUUGACUUUUACGGCAAUUUCACCUACGAAAACUACCAAAACUAUCGCGGCUCCGCUCUGGACGUGGCUAGGUCGUUGACCCAGCACAAAAAGGUAUUUUACGAGAUGCGCGAGGAGGAACGCAAAGCGAACCGCGCGGGUGGACGGUCGCAAGUGUUGUUGUUCAUCGUCAACACGGCAAGUGGCGGCAGUGAUGAUAGCAGCAGGGGGUUCUUGCAGAAUGAGGCCAGACUCUUCAGAGAGAGCAACCCUGAUGUGAGGCUUAUGUUCUGGACUGCGGGCAACAAGGACAGGUUCAGGGACCUUGUUCUGGACCCUGAUAGAGACCUGUUCGUCCUCACGCCCCCUGGAUUCCAAGGCGUUCCUGAAGUAAAGCCAGUCGUCGACAGGCUCAAAAUGCUGCCACAAAGGAUGACAAACCCAGCUUGCGGUGGUGAGUGGAGGAUGGAGGGAACCAACGGAGGAGGGCAGGAGAUGACCUGGUACGCAGACACCCAGGGUAUUUACUACUACCGGCUCAGCCCGAAUUACUUCAUGCACAGCGAGUCGACCACUGUUAAGUUCCAAGCUACCGGCCAGGGUCGUCUCAGCGUGUGCUUUUCAAGAUCUAUUUCGGAACCCAUUGCUGGACCCGGGGGCGACGGUUCUCAAGGCGGAGUGACCUGCCGUCAGUUGCAGGGAUCAGACUCGACCGAGUUCAAGGUUUCGCGACCGUGCGACGGCAAGUCGUUUGCCAUCGACUGUCAGCCGCAGUACUUUUCAGUCGUCGCUACCGACUCGACCAACAGAUGUCAAUCGAAAAAUGUUUUUGAAAAUGGAUGCCGCUAUCCCGACCUGGUUCGUUUCACCGUAAACGCUUAUGGAGUGAAUUGCCACAGCGGCUCUUCUAUGAUAAUCAUCUCUUCGUUCUUAGUCCCUGCGCUCGCGUUCCUUCUUAGCAAACUCAGCUAGAAUAUAGUUACAUUCAAAUGUUUAAUUUUAAGACUUCAUUGUUUCCACAGUCAACAAUCAAAUUUAAUAAAAAUUGCGUGCAACUUUCAACUGCCAGAUUAUACUGUGUUUAGCAGAUAGAUGACAAAUUGGUUUUUGCAAUUUUUCACAAGCUUACUCCCAUAUAAUUUAAUUUCUCCUCUGUGUACUGAAAAUUUUGUUUAUAAAAAUCAAUAAAAGCACCUAAAA